CGCACCCCAACGCCCCCCGGUACCGGAUUUUCCCCCUGCCUGACCUCUCUCCCUUUGCCUGGCAGGAAUUUCUUGCGACGGGUGAUGUUUGCCGGCGGCUCCGACGGUCCUUAUGCCAAAGCGAUGAGGGGACAGAUCACCCUGUCCCAGCUCUUUUCGGAGAUGGAGGAGGGUUGCAGGCAGCACGCCUUCGCCUCGGGCAUCGCCCUGCCGCCCAACUUCUCCAUCGCGCGUGCCUUCGAGGAGAUGGCGGCCAAGGGGAUGGUCAAUGCCCCCCUUCUGCGAGCAGCGAGGGUGCUGCGGAGGAACGGAUUUCAGACCUGCGUCCUCACCAACAACUGGGUGGAUGACAGCGCCGGGCGGCUCUUCACGGCCACGCUGAUGAACCUGCUGCGUCGCCACUUCGACCUGGUGAUCGAGUCCUGCCGGCUCGGAGCGCAGAAGCCGGAUCCCCAGAUCUACACCUACGCCCUGGAUGCUCUGCAGGCGAAACCUCAGGAGGUCAUCUUUCUGGAUGACAUCGGGGAGAACUUGAAGCCGGCCCAGGAGAUGGGAAUGGCCACCAUACUUGUCAGGGACACUGAAACCGUCCUGAAGGAGCUGGAGGAGCUCUCGGGUGUCCAGCUUCUCACCCAAGAAGAGCCGCUGCCGACUGCCUGUGAUCCAUCUGAUGUGACCCACGGAUACGUGCCCAUCCGG